ACCAGCAUUUCGAGAUAGGAUUCCGGACCCGGCGGGUGUGGUCGUCUACCGGGUGUAGACCUUCUUCCUCGCCACGCGGACCUCGAGGAGGAUGAGGGUGUUUCUUCUGGUCGUCGUGUUGGCGGUGCUGGCGGCUGCAGCAGCGGAGGAGGCGGACCAGACUCUGGGGUUCCCGGAGGGACUCCGCGGCGCGCAGGAGAGCUUCCUGAGGCUCGUAGAGGCCAUGGACGCCAGGCCCUCGCUGGGGCUCGUCCCGGGGCUGGCGACCCUGGAGCGGACGAAGACGUCGCCGGAGCAGCAGGAGCAGCAGGAGGAGCGCGCGACGGGCAACUCGACGACCGGGGACCCGGGGGAGCGGCUGGCCGCGGCGGUGGCGCGCUACCUGAGGACCCACGUCGUGGAGCUGCGCGUCUCCCCGGCCGCCGAGCGGGUCCUGCACCGGGUGCUGCCCCGAGGUGUCGACGUGGUCCCCGCGCCCGAAGGUCGCGGCCGCAUCAGAAAGCUGCUGCUGCCCCUGGUGCUGCUCCUGAACCUCAAGUCGUUCGUGCUGGUGCCCAUCUUCCUGUCGGCGGUGGUGCUGGUGGCCUUCAAGGGCCUGUGGGCGGGGCUGGCCGCCUUCCUCGUGUCGGGAGCCAUCGGCCUGCGCCAGCUCUUCAAGGGCGCCGACGACCAGGGGCCCAGCACGCGGCUCACCGUCGGCGUGGUGAAGCCGCACCUGGUGCCCGAGGUGUACCACCACGCGCCCGACUACUGGCACGGCUGGAGCCGCUCGGCGCCGCCCCCGCCGCCGCCGCCGCCGCCGUCGAGCCACGACGCCUACCCGUACCGCGGCUACUACCCGCAGUCGUCGGGCGCCUGGGCGGACCGCCCGCUCGUGUCCUAGAGCACCUCCUGCCUCCCGCCCUUUCUCCCCGCUCAGCUCCGCUUCUCAGUCACUUCAAACAACUAGACAUCUUCGUGGACACUGACGCCGAGUCGUGCAGUAAAACCUCGUCGAAAGGUCUGUUUGCCUCAACAAAAUAUUUGUUUGUAUAAGGCGAAAUGAAAAUAUUUUGUUAAUUGGAACAAAUAUUUUGUAGUAGGGAAAGAUUCCGUUCACCCAACAAAAUGAUUUUGUCGACUCAAAUGUAUAUUUUGGUUAAGGUGUAACAAAUCAUUUCUGUUACCGAGAUUGGUUAAGCUAACAAAAUAUUUUGUUCCGCCGAGCAAAUAUUUGUUUCGCCAUACAUAAUCAAAUAUUUGUUUUGAUUCAAACAAACCUUUUUCUCUGUGCGGAUCAGAUUUGUAGACAUUUUAUUUAAUUUUCCGCGUAAAGGUUUUUUUUAGCUACGUUUGCUAGAACCAUAACCAUAAGUACGCCAAUUAUUCACUUCUUUUUUUUCCUUUUAGUUUUGAUUCAAUGUACAGUUUCCUGCACACGUGGUAUUAUUAUUUUAAUUAAAUGGUCUUUUGUUGAAUUCAAGAAAACGCACAGCUGACAAACAUCAUGGCGUACUUGUAGCGACAGCCCGACGUCUCUCCAGCUGAGCUGUUGAUGAUGAAGCGUUUGCUUCGCCGUGAUUCAUUCGAACGCCGUACGUGUUUGAAACGGAAUAAAGUAGACAAUUAUUUGUUAGGAAAUCAUGCGAAGAGUAAUUUUUUUUAAUUUUUUAAAUGUCUUGUAAACAAAUUAGAUCAUGUAUACUCUAUUUUUUUAUUACGAAACUAAUCUUUUCGUCGUAAUAAUCAGUAAGACUGUUUAUUUAAGGAUUAUAUGUUGCUUAUUACACACAUUACCCGGAUUAUCCGGAUUUUUUUUUUGAUUUUCCGGAUUUCUGCGGUCUCACUUAGUCCGGACGGACGAGGUUUAACUCCAUGCUUCGUUGUAAACAAAGGUAAAAACACGCGUGGGAAAAAAAAAGUGUUUUUGCUGUUUCACACUCGACCAGUUUUAUGUAAGUUUUGUUAAUGCACCGAGAAUAUUCUUUUGGAUUCAGUUUCAAAGUAAGUGAACUCGGUGUUCGUAAACUAACGAAGGUAGCUGUGAAUUUACGAACAUCCCUAGAUAAUUUGUAACAGGUUCUUCGUAAACUGAAGCUGAACGUUUUUAACAGCGCACACGCCGAAAUUACCUAUGCUCCGUCAACGAGACUGUCGAAAACGGCUGGUAAUGUUAAUAUGCAUUCAAACGCUGAACAGAUUUUCAGUGCAAUAUUCACGAUAAGUCAAACUCACAACUCUGAACUGAAACCUCAAACAAAGUGCUAAGAAAGAAUGUUAUAACGUCACGAUAAUUUUUAUUUUACAUUUCCUUUGACAAAUAAGGCGUUCGGUGAUGGCGCCUCAAAAUUUAAUUUUGCUUCAAGGAACGGAACAUAGUCUUAUGGAAUGUAUGGAAUGUUGUAAGUUGAAAGUUACCCAACUGUGACAUAGACUUAUUUUGUCCCGAGUUGCAGCUAUGCUUCCCGACGCUUUUUCUAAUUCGUUUCAAUAGCUGCCAUUUAAAAAAAAUUCCCUAGAGAACGCAAACCGUGGAGAAAAAAUAACAAUCAAAUUCGUAAAUAUGAUCCCUGAUGUCGUGUGAACAGAUUAAAAAAGAUGCAAAAAUGUCUCUAGAAUAGUUUUAUAAUCAAUAUCAUAAUUCAUUACUUAGUUAAAAACGACAGGAAAAUAUUAUAACGUCAUAGCUUUCAUAUAAACAUAAACUAAUUCCUCGUGAAUUCUUUGAUGUAACAAAUUGCUAUGUCAGUCAUAAGAUGCUAGCUUGAGAUCCUUAAACAAUUUAUACAUUUUGUUUUAUUUUUAAAGAUUUAUAAAUACUAAGGUACCGUUCAUAUAUUGUGUCCAUAAUAAAUAAAUAUGUAAAAUUUAUAUUGUAUUGAAAAUCUUACCUUAUAAAGGAAAAUAAAACAUAGUACCACAUAAUUAUUUGAUUCCUAUAAGUAAAUUUAAUUGUUGUAUUACACAUUUCAAUUAUAAUAAGUGAACUUAUUGAAUUAACUGUAAACUUUGUGUCACAAAAAAAAUACAAGUAUCGAUUGUCAAGUAGCGAUUGUGUUAAUUGUGAGCAGAGAUUAUGCAUAUUAUUGAAGGAUAGUUACUAAAGGUGCAUAGCAAAUUUUGUAUUUAUUUAUUUAACGCAUUAAAAAAUACAUGUAUCUUUUUUAUUAGUGAAUUGUACAUAAAAUUUUAGGUGAAUUAAUUUUUACUCAUGCGUAGUUAUUCAUACAAUUAUAUUGUUUUAAAUAUUUAGUGAAAAAAUAUAUGUAAUUCUUAAAUGUUUUUAUUUUUGUAAUGUAACAUGAAUUAGAGUUAACGUUGUUCAUUUAUACAAAGUUUAGUAAUAGCUAGAAAAUAGAAAUUUAUUAUUUUUUAUUUUUUACCCUUACAUACAUUUCAGGAAUUUUAAUUUUGAAAUGUUACUAUCUGUUUUAUCAAUAUAUAAUUGUUUGUAGAUUAUUAUUGUAUUUUCGUGUUUUAACGAAAAAGUGUGAAGAACUCUCUAAAUUUUAUUUAUUUGUGAUUUAAUAAAACCUCUAACAAAAAA